ACGAUGUUUGGACAGUCGGCGAGUGUGUUGGGCAUCAUCAUGAAUGGGAUGGAGAGGGUAUUCCGUGUUGUGAUCGGCCCAUUGAACCCAUGGCUGACGGGAUAUCAGAUUGAUUGUAUUAUUAUUAUUAUUAUUAUUGCCAGACUGGAGAAGACAGUUAGUAGGUGAGCAGUGGACUCGUAUGCCAUUUCGGUUAGUCCUGAGGUUAGAAAAACAGCCAACCUGCUCCAAAUCGGCCAGGCUUAAUAUGGACUCUAGGACGCAUUUAAGAGAAUUGGAGAUUAGUGAGCAGCACAUCCAGUCACAGAGAAGAGGGACCAGCAAUGAUUUAUGUAUUACUAUUAGCAUCCACUUUUCACCUCUUAUCGACUGCUUCCCGGGGUCGGGGUUGAUUGGAUCUACGGCCGGAUGCCCCAGGCCAAUCAUCGGCCAACAAAUUGGCAGCAGUGGGGUUCUUCCCCAGGUAAAGCUUCUGGAAACCGAGAAUCGACGAAAACUAAAGUGGGAAAAGAUGGUGGUUGACCGUCGAGUCAGAGAGGAGAAAUCACACAUAGCCGUUCUUUUUGACUUUUUUUUUUGUUUGCCAAUAAGCCGCGAUAAGCUGAGGAUGACCUUAGGAAUGAGCUGGAGGUCUGGGCGGUUCGGGCCCGAUUUCGGGGGAGAUAAUAGUCAGUGCUGUAUAGUAAUAAUAAAGGGUCUUCAAGUACUGUCUGCGGGAGAACGCAGGAGAAGGGAGGAGCGCCCAGGCUGGCCGUUGCCGGAAGAUGGCGGAAUCCAGAGUCGAGCUCCGUGCCAGUAUUCUUUGGCGACUGAAUACGGUACGGUAACGGCACUGGAGAUGAACUGCAGUGCAGCUGAUCGCCGACAGCUGCACUAGGCGUGGGGUACACAUGUUUCCCUAGGUAGGGUCUCUGGCCAGUGCAUGUUUUAGCGGCUUGGGAGUCUUCGGUUGCAGUAACCACAGGCCGCGUAUGCAAUUAAGGACGCCGACUAGCUAUAUGGAAGAGU